CAACGAACAUUCUCAAGCGAAAUGCGAAUCCGACGGCUGUAAAUCGAAAUCCCCACAACCUCCAUGAAUGCCUCCAUUGCAUAUUUCAAGCAUCCAAUGGCGCCACUCUCCGCCAUCUCAAACCUUCAACACACCCAAAUCCUCUCUCUCUUUCCUCCAUUUUAAUUGCAGGGGCCCGGCCUCAAUCCACUCUCCUCCAUUAACGCCCCCUUUUCUUGUUCUUCCGUUUCCCCCCUCCGCCGCAAAACCCCAUUUCCGUGGCGGGAAAUCGGGGUCCGACGGCGUUAUGUCUGUUGCAACGCGGAAGUCUGUUACAGAGAAGGUGUUUCAGAGGGUGGGAGGGCAUUAUCAAUGCGGUAGUAGUCGUAGAUCAUGUGGGAAUGGUUGCAGAGAGGAGGAUUAUGACGACGAUGGGAAUUUGGAAUUGGUUCAGAUUGGGGCGCAGAGGACGAAGAAUGUUCUUAUUUUGAUGAGUGAUACAGGGGGUGGCCACAGGGCAUCUGCGGAGGCGAUUCGGGAUGCGUUUCAGAUUGAAUUUGGAGACGAGUAUCAAAUAUUUGUGAAGGAUGUUUGGAAAGAGUACACGGGUUGGCCUUUGAAUGACAUGGAGGGAUCAUACAAAUUUAUGGUAAAACAUGUCCAGCUAUGGAAGGUUGCAUUUCAUAGCACCUCCCCUCGGUGGAUUCACUCACUCUAUCUUGCUGCAAUUGCCGCCUACUAUGCAAAGGAGGUGGAGGCUGGUCUGAUGGAGUACAGGCCAGAUAUUAUCAUCAGUGUUCAUCCUCUGAUGCAACAUAUUCCCUUAUGGGUUCUGAAAUGGCAAGGCCUUCAGAAGAAAGUGGUGUUUGUUACAGUCAUUACAGACCUAAACACCUGCCAUCCAACAUGGUUUCAUCCUGGAGUCAACAGAUGUUACUGCCCAUCAGAUGCAGUAGCCAAGAGAGCCUUACUCGAUGGCCUCGAAGAGUCCCAAGUUCGUGUCUACGGUCUACCUAUCAGGCCGUCCUUUGCUCGGGCGGUACUCCAGAAGGGUCAACUAAGAGAAGAACUUGAAAUGGAUCCAGAUCUACCAGCAGUGCUACUGAUGGGAGGAGGUGAAGGGAUGGGUCCUGUGAAGGAAACAGCAAAAGCUCUUGCAGAAUCCCUUUUUGAUAAGAACAGUGAGAAGCCCAUUGGGCAAAUUGUUGUUAUUUGUGGAAGAAACAAAGCUUUAGCAUCUUCUCUUGAAGCUGGGGAAUGGAAGAUCUCAGUUAAGGUGAGAGGUUUCGAAAAACAGAUGGAGAAAUGGAUGGGUGCUUGUGACUGUAUAAUAACCAAAGCCGGUCCUGGAACAAUUGCAGAAGCUUUGAUUCGAGGGCUUCCGAUUAUUCUCAACGACUACAUACCGGGGCAAGAAAAAGGAAAUGUUCCAUAUGUGGUAGACAAUGGAGCUGGAGUGUUCACCAGAAGUCCCAAAGAAACAGCCAGAAUCGUUGCUGAAUGGUUCAGUAGAAAUACAGAAGAACUCCACACAAUGUCGCAGAAUGCUCUCAAACUAGCACAACCUGAAGCCGUCUUCGACAUUGUCCGGGACCUCCACGAGCUCGCCUGCCAGCGCGGUCCAAUGGCGAACAUCCCGUACAUGUUGACAUCGUCGUUUACAGGCCUAAUCUGAUUGAUUACAACGACAACAUAUUUACCAUUGCCAAAGCUUAUUUUUCUGCUAGAAUUGCCAUGUAUAGCUAUAGAUAGUCUCCUUGUAUCUUCUAGCAAUUUGUCAAGUAAGGGAUAUUACCAUGAUUUCCGAAUUGUAAAAAAUUAAACACAAAAAAAAAAAAAGGUUAUGUUGGGUGAUGUGAAAGUUGUUGGCUCAUUUUGUAAA